CUCUGUCCAUUGGCUGCAGGUACCGCACCCGUUUCAUCUAUUAGCUGCCGGUGCCGCUCGAGCUCUGAUCGGAGGUGGCCGGUAGACCCUGUCAUGCGCACUUAGUAGGCGGCGCCAAACCCCCUUCAUUUCCAUGGCGACCGAGGAGGUGGCAGCGGCUCGCCGGAAGGCGCUGUCUCUGCUCCGGGCAGCUCGUUCCCGCUACGAGAGCCUGCAGAUCUCGGACGAUGUGUUUGGUGAAUCCGGCGGCGGCAGCAGCAGCGACGACAACCCAUUCUACAGUACCUCGGCGGGCAGCUCGCAGUCCGACUGGGAGGAAGAGGAGGAGGAGGAGGAAGAGCCGGGGGCGACUAGCGGGAGUGUGAGGCCGGCGGACACCGACCGUGAGCCGGGCGAGGAGGAGGAGGAGGAGGCGGGAUGGACAGAACGACUGAAGGACAUCGCCUUCCCUCCGUUCACUGACUCGACCGGUCCUGUACAUAAAAUGCCACUAAAUGCAAGUGCUAUUGACUUUUUUCAGCUUUUUGUCCCUGAUAAUGUUAUAAGGAAUAUGGUUGUUCAAACAAAUAUGUAUGCCAAAAAGUACCAAGAAAAAUUUGGCUUUGAUGAAGGUUGGAGUGCCGUUAGUCUUCCAGAGAUGAAAACCUUCUUGGGAUAUAUGAUUUCCACCAGCAUUCACCACUGCGAGUCUGUCCUCAGUAUAUGGAGCAGUGGGUUUUAUAGCAACAAAAGUAUUGCUUUGAUGAUGACACAAGCCAGAUUUGAAAAGAUCCUGAAAUACUUCCAUAUUGUAGCAUUUCGAUCCAGUCAGACGACACAUGGUCUAUAUAAGAUUCAACCCUUUUUGGAUUGCCUGCAAAUGACAUUUGAUGCAGCGUUCAAGCCUUCUCAAACCCAGGUACUUCAUGAACCACUAAUAGACGAAGAUCCACUCUUUAUUGCCACAUGUACAGACCGAGAGUUGCGUAAAAGGAAAAAGCGGAAGUUCAGCCUCUGGGUCCGUCAAUGUGCAUCAACAGGCUACAUCUGUCAGAUUUACAUUCAUUUGAAGGAAGGAACAACUGCAGACGGGCUAGAUACUUUGAAGAACAAGCCACAGCUACACAGUCUUGUGGCAAAAAGCCUUUGUCAGAAUUUGAUGGGAAAGAACUACAUCAUAUAUACUGGCCCCAGCAUAACCAGUUUAAAUCUUUUUGAAGAAUUUGAGAAAAAAGGGAUUUAUUGCUGUGGACUUCUGAGCACCAAGAAGAGUGACUGCACGGGAUUGCCACAGUCCAUGUUGGUUAACCCUGAGCCGCCUCGUGUCAGAGGCCAUUACAGAGUACGAAUGAAAAGAAACAUGUCAUUAAUCAGCUGGUCCAACAAAGGACAGUUCUACUUCCUCACAAAUGCAUACUCUCCAUUCAAAGAAGGUGUCAUAAUUAGAAGGAAGAGUGGAGAGAUUCGUUGUCCAUUAGCAGUCGAGGCUUUUGCUGCACACCUUGGUUAUAUUUGCAAGUACGACGAUAAGUAUAGCAAAUACUUUAUAUCACAUAAACCUAACAAGACUUGGCAGCAAGUAUUCUGGUUUGUCCUCAGUAUUGCUGUCAAUAAUGCAUACAUCUUGUACAAGAUGUCUGAGGCAUAUCUGGUCAGGCGGUACACCCGGUUGCAGUUUGGUGAAAGACUGGUCAAAGAGCUCUUUGGAAUUGAAGAGCAUCUUCCUUCAAAGUGAUUCCUGCUGGCAGUCCUUGUACUGACGUCAAAUUGUUGCACUGCAUCCACAGGGCUAAACCACAUCUCACAACCUUGUCCCAAACAUUAUUUUUAAAAAAGAUUUUGUCAUCAUCAAGCUUUUACAUAAAAAUCUGCAAACACGUCUCUUAACUCCCAGCUCUGCCACAGAAACUACAGCCAAACUGAAGACCAUUUAUAAGGAAGCUGGAAACAGAUACUGCCAUUUAUAAAAACCUGAUAGUGAAAAUAACUUGUUUGGAUUUCUGCUACAGAAAGAAUGGUGGGAAACCAGACUUGCAAAGGUGAAUCUACCUGCAAUGACAACACAAGGUUGAUAAAUUGUGGUCUGAUUGUGGCAUUUAUAAAAAAUGUACUUGGGGGUGUAAAAUAUGCACUUUUAUAUGCAAAUUAUGCACGUGUGGGUAAUCAUAAAACCAUCAAGGAAUCAUUUUGUUUUCAAAAAAACAAUAUUAUCUUUGUUACUUAAUGAUUUGCGCCUUCAUUAUUGUUCAAUAAUGUCAUCCAAUGAGUCCUCCAUACAUAGUGCAAUCAACAGCCCUGUUUAGAUAUUUAUAAUGAAAGAUUUAAUAUGCAUACUGAAUGUUUACAUUGGACUAGUUAUUAAGUCACAUUCAGAGUUCACAAUUUCUGCUAUGUACUGCAUUUAGAACCUAGUUCACCAGGCAUAAAUUACAUUCUUUAUUCACUGACUAUACUUUGUCACUACAGGUUCGUUGUUGCUUGGAAUGCUAAACGUUUAUGUGGAGGUAGAGUUUAAAACUGAUGGAUGACAAUCUCCCCACAGUGGGUUUUUAAAGUUUAUUUGGGGUUGUUAGGUACUGUAGAACUAUAAUAGUGACAAUGGUAUGUGUGAAUACAGUGGAUGAAUUAACUGGUGGCAUUUCGUAUUUCCUAGAAGUAGGCCUGCCAUUUAUUUAUUCAAGAUAGAGGAACCACUGGCAAAAGAGAAAUCUUAAGUCCUUAAGUGAACUGUGCUAAAUAGGGGAUUAUUGUCCAGUUAUUAAAUCUCUAUCUUGGUGUGGAAACAGCAUGCAGAGUUAAUCUGUAGCUUUCAUGUGGGAUUCACUUUCUGUUAGUUAAUUUGUACUCAAGCAAUGUAUGUGUCUCAAAAGUGCCCUGUACAUUACAGAUCUGUUGUACUUAAAAUAUAAAAGAUGUAUGUUAACAUUUACAAUAAAGGAAAAUUGUGGUGAAGAUUUAUGCCUUGGUGUUGAUUAAUUGUAAAAAAAUAUCUCUGUUGUAUAUGAUGACAAACACUUUGAUAAUAAAUUUACUUUGAACUUAAGUAUUCAACUGGUAAUAGAACACUACUGUUAAGCAGAUAUGAAGUAGGUACACCUAAUUAAUGCAAGUAUCAAAUUAGCCAAUCAUGUGGCAACAGCUCAGUGCAUAAAAGCUUACAUACUUAUUUUAUGGAUUUGUUAAUGAGAGAUAACAGAGGAGAAAGGCCAGACUGCUUCAAGAGGAAGGUGUUACAACAAUGGCGUCCAGAACAUCUGAAUGUACAACUCAUUGAACCUCAAAGUGGAUGGGCUGCAACGGUUCAACUCCUGUAACGUAACCAUUACAUGUAAUGCCAAGUAACAAUGUUCUUUUUCUUGAAUACAUUAUCAGAUGGCUGCUACUGGGUUCAUAUCACCACAUCCAAAUUCUAUUUAAUUGAUUUGUGAGACGCUUUCAAAGGUUCUCAAGAGGCACUAUAUAAAUAUUCAUAAAUUUUAAAAAAAACAAAUGCUAGAUAUUCAGCAGAUCAGAUAAGGAAAGGUUUCUAAAUUUUCAACCUGAAAUGUUAACUCCAGUUCACUUGUUGCCUGACCCAAAUGUUUCCAUCAUUUUUUGCUGUUUCGCAUUUCCAUUUUCUGCAGUGUUUUCUAAACAAAAACUAUCUGACAAUACAACCUAAGUUUUAAAAGAAAACCAUGAAAGAUGGACUUUAAAGGUCACAAGUUUAUUACAGUUGAUUCAUUUUCAAGGAUGCUUUCCAUCACAUCUAUAAAACUAAGCAAGAUCAUGCUUUAUAGCAAGAAAAGAUGUGGGGAAGUUUUUCAACACCACAGUGACAGCAUUGUGCACAAUAAUAAUGUUACUCUUUACAAAAAUUGGAAACAUUACUUUUUCUUGGGGGGGGAGAGUGUAGGGAAAGAAUUUAACAUAGUCACAAGUCACUUCAAAACAAAAAUAAGUCUAAUGAUGUUCCUUGGAGAUUAAAAUAUUGGUGGAAUUGUAGCACCAAUCCCAUCCAUAUCUGGGGAGUUGUAAAGAUCAAGAGGGUAUUCUCUAAUAGAACAAAAUGCUAUUUAAAGUUUCAAGACUAUUAUAAAUGGAAAGGACACAGCUCUUCUACAAAAUGAACUUUGGCACAUUGUGGCAUGUAAACACAGUUUUUGAAAAUUGAUAUAUUCAGCAGCAGUAUAACCUUCCAACCUUGAACCUGACCGUUUUACUCUGUGCAGUUUCUGCUCAUGAAAGUUGGUAUCAAAAUCACUGUCGGCCCUUUCACAGAAACAAAUUUAUGGAGGAAAGAGAGGUGAGCGUGAGAGAGAGAGACACACACACACACAUUUACAGAGAGAAUCAUCCUUUAGUAUUCCUGGUAGUGCCAGACACCUUUAUUGCAUUGUGGUCAAUAAAACUUAACAGUGUAACCUGACAAGACAGUCAACAAUUUGGUAAACCAAAUAAAUAUAAAUGAAAUAAGACUUCACAGAAAAUUGAUAUUAAGCAGAACUUAGCAUAGGUGAGCUUGAGAGGCAAAUGACCUGAUUUCUCCAAAAUAGCUAUUGCUUUCAAUUCACUUAGCCACUUACUUGAUGGAUUCCUCUUAAGCCUUUGAACAUGAGAUAAAACAAAAUAUAAAGUACCAUCACUGCUGAAGAUAUAAUCACCUAA